AUGCACUUCUUGUCCGCUUCUGCUUCUCGCUCUGUAGCUGAAACCCUGACAUCGCGUGAAUCAAGCCCGAACCGUCCAGCACGGUCAGGUUCUGUUGCUCAUCGAGCACCCUAUCGCCCUCUACCCUUUGCACGUCUUUGCACCAGCUCAGUCUCGAACAAAAGCAGCAGCAUAGGUACAGCAGACCAAAUCAAUGGCAACGUUGAGUCGGCAGUAUCGGCUUCGGAGCCAUGGGUCUUGCCGCAUCCUACGGUGAACCUGUUAGUCAAGACCAAGUCGACACCGUUCUUUCCCGUUGCCUCACCGAUGGAGUCAACUUCUGGCACACUUCCGAUAUCUACUCUCCUCUCGGAAGCGGCAAGUAGAGUUACAACGAGAACCAAAUUGGCAAACAAUGAUUCGCUUAAGCGACUGGGCGUAGACAAGAUCGAUUUGUACUACGCCAACCGAGCAGACUCUAACGUUGAAGUUACGGCUACGGCUGCGGCGUUGAAUGUUUCCGAGUAUAAGUUGGAGCAGCUAGAGGCGGCCAACAAGGUGAUUCGUAUUGAUGCACUUCAAAUCAAACUUUCUCCCUGGGCCCCCGAAGUUCUUUACAAUGAGAUCCUCGAUUGGUGUGUUAAAAACAACACCGCUCUCGUCGCUUACUCCCCCCUCGGACGCGGUUUCCUCACAGAAGGUGAUUUCCGUCGAUACAACCCUCGCUUUCAGGGUGAAAACUUCAACAAGAAUCUCGAGUUGAAAUCACCCACGAUCUUUUCUAUUCCGGGUGCAAGAAAGGAGAAGAACCUAAUCGAUAACAAUAAGGCAGCUCAUAUUCUACUGACCAAGGAAGAAGUCGCAGAGAUCGAUGGUGUGAUUAACAGCUUCAAGAUUAGUAGUCAGAGAUAUGACGCUGACUUUAUCAAGACGGUUGCUUUAUAA